AUGGAGUAUCAGUUGAAUGAAUGGCUUCACGUCGGUUGUGUACAUGCGUUUAUAGAGGCUGUUUCAGGACUGAGGUAUUGUUGCAUUGUGGUUGAUGAGGCCCACGAGCGCAACAUCAACGUGGAUUUGUUGCUGGGGCUUUUGUCUCGUGUGGUGACGCUGAGGCGAGAACGGUUCCAGAAAGAAAAAGACACACUGCCGCCACUGAAAGUGCUGAUAAUGUCGGCCACGCUGAGAGCCACGGACUUCACCGCAAACUCUUACCUUUUCUCUCCGCCUCCAGCGCUGUUGACUCUCGAAAGCCGCACUUUUGAGGUGCGCGUGCACUUCAGCAAGAAGACACCGGAUCGCUAUGUCCACGCAGCCGUCAAGAAGGCCCUACAAAUCCACACGCGGCUUCCCGCGGGGUCGGUGCUCGUCUUUUUAACGGGGAGAGCGGAGGUCUUGGAGGCCGUGAAGAUGCUGCAGGAUUGGCAGCGUCGGCGGGAAAGGAGACUGCAGACUUCUGCUGCCGCCGCAGCCGCCGCCGCUGCUGCUGCUGCUGCUGAGAGUGACCCUCGCGCUCAGGAGGACGUGUCUGAGGCAGAGUUUCUGCUAUCGGACCAAAGCGAAGACGAGCGGCUGCCGCUCGAAGAGAAGUCAUCAGCAGCAGGUUCUGACAGUGAGGUGUCCGUACACUCCGAAGACAGCACAGCUUCUCACAGCAGCAGCCGACGCUGGCCACCCAAAGACAAGCUGCUGGAGCUGGCCCUGGCGAGCGACGCAGAAGACAAUGAAGAGCCUCAAGAGGGAGUCAAGGAGGCGGAAGCCGAAGUACUGCAAGCCGCACUAUCUGCUUCCUCCGCUCCCUGCACGACUGUUCGUGGGGGCCUUGGGGCGCCCCCCGAGCACGGCGUCGCCCUAGCCACGCCAGCGGGGGCUCCACAGGCAGGGGAGACUCCCCAAGAGGCCAGUGGUGGGGCCCAUUCACGUGCUAAGAACGACGCAGAGAGACAGAAGGCCGCAGCGAAGAGAAGAAAGGUGGCGGCGCGCCUCCACGAUACCACUGGCGGCCCUAAGGCGCCCCCAGCUGAUCCUUCGGGGGGGUCACAGGGCACUGAACGGGCGACAAUGUCAACUGAGGAGACCGGUGGGGCCUCUGCAACGCGAAGCCUCACUGAGGCAUUCGACUGCCCAGACACUUCGAAGCGGCGGGCACAGAAAGCCGUCUCUGCUGGGGGGUGGUUGGGCGCGGGCGCGGUGCUGCGGAAAAAGCCGUCUGAGGAUGAGAGGAAACAGAGCAGCAACAAAAGCGGUGAAGUGCAGAAAGAGAGUGAAGAGACAGAGGAGACACACUUCAUACCCAGGCUCACCGUUCUCCCACUGUACGCAACACUACCUAAGGAGCUGCAGCGACUCGCCUUCGAGCCCCCAGCCCCCGAUGAGCGGCGCCUUAUUGUGGCAACAAAUGUGGCAGAGACAUCCCUGACGCUACCUAAUGUGCGGUACGUCGUGGAUUCGGGGCGGGAGAAGAGGCGCAUCUUCUCCACAGGGUCUGAGGGCUUCUCCUACUUCACCGUAACUCUGACUACUCAGGCCGCCGCGGAGCAGCGGGCGGGCCGUGCAGGCCGCAUCCCCCGUCCAUCUGCCUUCCCCUUCCCGUCCCCGCCGCCAGGGACUGCUCUCGCGAAUGCGCGCCGCCGUCUUGUGGCCCUGGGGGCCCUCGAGCCGAAGCAGCAGCCCUCGGGGCCCCGCCAGAAGCUGCAGCAAAACGACACGCGCGAGCCGGAGGUCUGCUGCACAGCGCUCGGCCGUCGCAUGAGCGAAGUGCCUAUACCCCCACGCUUCGCGAAGAUCCUGCUAUUGGCCUGCUCCCGACACAAGGAGCACGGCCCCCAUUUCGUCGCUUUAGCUUGUUACCUAGUGGCUGCACUCUCUGUAGGAGAGUUGCUGCCGUCAUUGCCGCGCGACGAUGAGGCGCUAGAUCCUGCAAGGGAGGCGGGGGCUUCCAGCGGCCCUGGUAAGAGGCCGUGGGAGGAGUAUGACAGCGAUUUAGAUGCAUAUAUUUGGCUAUGUGGAGCCUACAGCCACGCCAAUAAUCCAAUAAGCUUCUGCAAGUCUUACGGCCUGGAUGCGUCCCGCCUGGCAGAGGUGGGGGCGCUUGCAGCGCAGCUUGCGCAGCUAAUGGGUACCUUGCUCCAGCAGGCGCGACGCGGGAAGCCGUCGGGGCCCCCCUCACUUGCUGCGGAAGAGGAUUUGAACGUGUUGAAGGGGCCCCUGCGGCUCGAACCCCCCGCACCAGAAGCAAGACGGUGUCUGCACGAGUGCGCUGUGCAAGGCCUCAUAGACCACGUGGCCUCCUGGCAAGACCCUCCGCGCCUGCCCCCCGACGCACCCCCAGCCCAACGCGCAGCAGCUCGCGGGGGCUACCGUUGUGCGGAGCUCAAGGGGGAGUUGGCUCGUGUCCACUGCACAUCCAACAUCCUCCACGUCUCCCCUCGCCCCAAACUCCUCGUAUACAACCAGCUGAUCCACACAGGCCGCGCGGUUCUGCAAGUCUGUCACCCUAUAGAUGAGGCGGAACUUAGCAGCAGCGACACGCCGCUUGUACAGCACAGCUUUCUGCAGCUGCCAGCCCCAGCCUACGACACACGCCGAGAUGCAGUUGUGGGGUGGUCCCGGCCGACCUACGGGCCCCUGCAACUGCCGCUUCCGGCAGUGGAGAGACCUCUUCCCCGUGUACGGGGCGCAGCGGCUUCGCUGCUGUCUACCCAGCAGCAGCAGCAGCAGCAGCAGCUCUAUGCAUGCUUUGCUGCCGCCCUUGUAGCUGGAAGAGUCAUUCCUCGUCUGAAGAAGUUUGGGCCUUCCUUGGCGGUAACUCCGGAAGGAAUGCUCGCGGGGAACUGCUCAGGCACUUACGCGGUGCGGAGUUUCGUGGCGGAGCUAGCUAAGAGAGAGAUUGCCUCACGGGCUGAGCUGCUCAAGCUGUGGGGAUCGGAGCCGAAGUUUCUACUGGCUGAGUUUAUUGGGUUGCUGCGUUCAUACAACUACGAGACGUUGCAAGAUGUGCACGAUAUAUGGCCCCCCGUCUGA